AUGGGUUCACACAGUGGUUUAGAACCCAUGACUUUGGGGUCACCCACAUCCAGUAGUUCUAACAUACAACAGUAUUUACCUGGUUAUCUUAUGGGAGAUCCAGUCACAUCACCUUCACCAUCCAGACUGUGGUCACAUUCAACUGGGUACAGCCCACCUCAGUCUCGAAACAAUCCCCUGUCAUCAACACCGGGAAUGUUCCGAGAUAGCCCAACUGUUGGUAGACAGCAUAGUGGCGAGUGGUCACAGACUAGACCAUCAGCUAGCGGAAUGACAGGCAGUGCUAAAGACAAGUCAGGGGCACCUCCAGUAGCAUCACUGUUUGAGCCUGGCCAGCCAAGUGAUCUGAAACAGGGUGAUGUUUCAUCUUUAUCAGUGUUGUCAAGUAGUAUGAUGAAUAGAACACCAGUACAUCUAGGAACUCCUCUCAGACAAGGUAUUGCCAGUCCUGCUGGUGGUAGUUUUAGUGGUACAUAUCCAUAUUCUGACAUGAAAGCUUCCAAAUCACCAGCACAGAUCGAUCCAUUUUUUACACAAGGAGAGGCUGUUGAGGAAGAACAGCUGGACGACACAUGGGUUACAGUCUUUGGGUUUCCACCAGCAGCAGCUUCAUUUUUACUCCAGCAGUUUUCUCAGUAUGGGAACAUAGUGCGACAUGUGGUAGGUCAAAUCACUACUACCUUUUUGGUAAGUCAUAGCAGUAUAAUGGUGGGCAUUACAGCUUGCAUUGAUAGGGUAAGUCAUAGCAGUAUAAUGGUAGGCAUUACAGCUUGCAUUGAUAGGAGUGUAAUGCAAGCCACAUCAGAACAAGCGAGUACAAGUACAAUAUGUAAUCCAUGUGACACAGAGAGUCCAGCAAUACGACCGUUAACAGCUGCCUACAAAGCUGCAAGUAGUCAACAUGAGGUCGCUCCUACUGGUAGCACGCCGAAGAAGAGCGCUAAUGUUGUCUCUAGAACAUUUGAAUAUAUGUUUGGAUGGUGA